AUGAUCAUUUCAAUUAAAGAAAUGGGGGGAAACAUGAGCAAGAAGACCCCUGAAACAUCAUCGGGAAUUAACCUCAAUACUGAUAUGGCAACUGAACUGAGGUCAUAUGAGGCUGCCUGCAAACUUGACUCUGAUUUGCAGUCCUUUGAUACCACAGUUCAAGCUCGGGCGAACCAAGUCAUCAAUACUCUUGCAGUUGGUGUUGAGGUUAGGUCCCUUUCGUUUGAGUCUCUCAAACAAGUCACAGAGUGCCUUCUCGAGAUGAAUCAGGAAGUUGUCAAGGUGAUCUUAGACUGUAAGAAAGAUAUAUGGAAGAACCAAGAACUGUUUGAGCUUGUUGAGGAGUACUUUGAUAAUAGCUUGCAGACUCUAGAUUUCUGUACUGCAUUGGAGAAGUGCCUGAAACGAGCUAGGGAUAGCCAAUUGCUCAUUCUUGUGGCCCUUCAACAGUUCGAAGAGGAAACCGGGUUGGGAGAGAAGCGCUACACGAGGACAUUACAGGAACUGAAGAAUUUCAAGGCUGCUGGUGAUCCUUUCACUGAAGAAUUCUUCCAAAUGUAUCAAUCUGUUUACAAUCAGCAGAUACUCAUGCUUGAGAAGUUGCGAGUAAGACAAAGCAAGCUUGAUAAGAAAGUAAAACAAAUCCAUACCUGGAGGAAGGUCUCAAGUAUGAUAUUUGUAGUCACAGUUGCGGCUGUGUUGAUAUGCUCAGUUGUGGUUGCAGCAAUUGCUUCUCCACAUGUGGCAGCUGCUCUAGCUGCUGUUACUGCAGUCCCAAUUGGUUCAAUGGGAAAGUGGAUUGACUCCUUGUUGAAGAACUAUGAAACUGCUAUGAGAGGACGUAAGGAAGUCAUUAUCUCCAUGCAAGUUGGCACCUAUGUUGCUAUAAAGGACUUGGACAACAUUCGGGUCCUCAUUGAUAGGUUGGAAAUAGAGAUUGAGUCUCUACUGCAGAAUGUGGAAUUUGCCAUUGAGGAUGAAGCUGUGAAGGUUGCAAUAGAGGAGAUCAAGAAGAAGUUGGCAGUUUUUAUGAAGAAUGUUGAAGAUUUAGGAGUGCAAGCUGAUACUUGUAGCCGAGAUAUUAUAAGGGCUAGGACUGUUGUUCUACAAAAAAUCAUAAAGCUUCCUCACAGCUGA